UCCCCUAACAGAUUCUUUCUCGAGAGAUGGGUCUUCAUCCAAUCGCCGACGCCGACGAACGCAGCCCCUUCGGCUCUCUCUCCGCCGACGAAUUCUACGCGAAACAUUCCGUCACCCACUCCUCCGCCUUCAUAACCAACCCCCGCGGCCUCAAGCUCUUCACACAAUGGUGGUCCCCACUCCCUCCAACUCCCCCCAUCGGAAUCAUCGCCGUCGUCCACGGCUUCACCGGCGAAUCCAGCUGGUUCCUCCAGCUCACGUCCAUCCUCUUCGCGAAAUCCGGCUACAUCACAUGCGCGAUCGAUCACCAGGGGCACGGAUUCUCCGACGGACUCGUCGCGCACAUCCCUGACAUCAACCCCGUCGUUGAUGACUGUAUCUCCUUCUUUAAUGAUUUUCGUAACCGUCGGGAGAAUCUCAACCUCCCUUGCUUCCUCUACUCCGAGUCCUUAGGCGGAGCCAUCGCGCUCUACAUCUCCCUCCGUCAGAGAGGAGUGUGGGACGGACUCAUCCUCAACGGCGCCAUGUGUGGAAUCAGCGCGAAAUUCAAACCUCCGUGGCCGUUAGAGCAUUUACUCUUCGUCGUUGCGAAUCUCAUCCCCACUUGGCGCGUCAUCCCCACUCGCGGAUCGAUCCCCGAUGUUUCUUUCAAGACGCCGUGGAAGAGGAAGCUCGCGAUCGCUAGUCCUAGGAGGACGGUUGCGAGGCCGCGCGCGGCAACGGCUUAUGAGUUGAUUCGGAUUUGUAAUGAGCUUCAGGGGAGGUUUGAGGAGGUGGAGGUUCCGCUUCUGAUAGUGCAUGGGGGAGGAGACGUUGUUUGUGAUCAAGCGUGCGUUGAGGAGCUUCAUCGGAGAGCGAGUAGUGUGGAUAAGACGAUCAAGAUCUAUCCGGGGAUGUGGCAUCAGAUGGUUGGCGAAUCGGAGGAGGACGUUGAUCUGGUUUACGGUGAUAUUCUGACGUGGCUCAAGAGCCGAUCGGAGAGGAAACGGGAGUCAGGCGCCGCCGUUGACGGCAGAGCUUAGUGUUGUAUAACUCCUUGGGGAUUGUGUUGUUGUUAUCCAAUGGUGUGAUGCCAUCUGGCAAGCAAUUAUUUACGGUUUCGUUAUUUCGUAGCACAUGGUUAACUUAAAACCAAUGAAUGGUCGGGCAUUAAUAAACUGUUAAGAUUCUGUAUCACUCUGAGAAAAUUCCGGG